UUGAAUUGAUGGGCGUCCUGUGCUAUUCCGCCGUGGAAGGGGAGAUAUCUUGACAGCGCGUGAGAACAAAACCCUCUGACUCGCGACUGCGAAUUGUGAAACGGUCGCUGUUGUUGGCGAGAGGCUGCCGAGACGCGCAGGUGGACGAUGCUUCUGAGGCGCUUGAGUGGAUAUAACAACACCGAGCUAACCGCGCGUGACCUCACCUUGCUGGACUUGUUAGAAGGGAGCACAUGGCUGGAGACUCCUUCUUCCCCCCGCAGUUUUUAAACCUCCGUGGGUGCAGCGUUUACUGACAGCCGCUGGCCCCUCCUCCCCCGGGACCACGAUAAAAACACGCUCCAUCUGAGUCCGACUCUCCAUUCCAAGCUGGAGCUGAGCUCGAGGAGAUGCUCCGCUCCGCGCGCGCGUGGCCACCCUCCUCUCCCUCUUUGACACCUCGUCCGUGUCAGGGAUGAUCCUUCGCCAGAGACGAUAAAAUCAUCAGACUGGAGCUGCGAGGGAUUUACGCAAGAUUAUCGGACUGCUAUUUUGCGCGCUCCUGCUCUUAACUGACUGGUGAUCCGACAGCCUUUUCCCCAGCUGGAAGCCAUGAGCAGGUCCGAGGAGGCGACCGGGGACUCGCCGGGAGACUCCUGCGGAUGAGACGCGCUGCCCACGGCCAGACACUUCGGAUCUUUACGUGUGACUUUCUACCGCGCCGACCACCGGAGGAUGUCCGAUCCAGGAUGCUGCGAUUCCCCGUGAAGAAGAUCCGGAAGCAGUUUAAGCUCCUGCUGCUGCUGGUGCUGCUCACCUCUGCUGUGUGGUUCACCUACCUGCACAUCAACCAGGGCAAGACCAUCAAGCUGCACUUCAACUACGGAAAAGAUGGAGACAGACAGACGGAGGGGACGGACGCCAGCCGCAAGAGGGACACUCGCUCAUCGGCCGGCCACCACAGGAGUGAAGACACCAGCGACAGCCGGGAGGACGAGGGAGCAGAUGGCGAUCCAAUCACAGGAGGAGAUGGCAGAGACCAGAGCCGUGUCCGCAGGUUCCUCAGCCAGCAGCACAAGAAACUGCCGUGGAAACCUGAGUUCAAAGGUCAGGUUAACCUACACGUGUUCGAGGACUGGUGUGGAUCUUCUGUCGCCUCACUUCGAAAGAACCUGCACUUCCCUCUUUAUCCUCACACAAGAACGACACUGAAGAAGCUGGCUGUGGCUCCAAAGUGGAAGAAUUACGGCCUGAGAAUAUUUGGUUUCCUUCACCCGUACCGAGAUGGGGAUUUUCAGUUUUCGGUAUCGUCGGAUGAUAACUCCGAGUUCUGGCUCAGUCCCGAUGAGAACCCUCUCAACGCUCGCCUGCUGGUGUAUGUAGGACAGCUCGGCACAGAGUGGACCGCUCCAGGCGAGUUCAGCAAAUUCAGGUCCCAGUCCUCCAAGUCUGUGCACCUGAUUUCUUCCAGACAGUACUACUUUGAGAUCCUCCACAAGCAGGACGACAAGGGAUCAGAUCAUGUUGAAGUUGGGUGGCGCCCAUUUCUUCCUGGUCUGAAGUACGAAGUGAUAGAUUCUGCCUACAUCUCCCUGUACACAGACGAGUCUGAUCUGAAGAUGAACAGCGUGGACCACAUCCCUCAGACCCUGGCCAGUCAUGUCCGCCUCCCGGAGGAGCUGCAGCGCAGGGAGCAGGAAAGAGGCGGCGUGAUGCAGCACGGCGCCGACAUGCUGAAACCAGAUCCCAGGGACAACUUCUACAGCACUCCUUUGAUCAACCCGUCGCGUUUGGAAAACGUCCUGCCCGCCUGCCUCUACUCUCCCACCUACGUGGUGAAGGAUUUCCCCAUCGCCAGAUAUCAAGGCCUGCAGUUCGUCUACCUGUCCUUUGUGUACCCCAACGACUUCACCCGACUCACUCACAUGGAGCGGGAAAACAAGUGCUUCUACAGGGAAUCGCCCAUCUACUUAGAAAAGUUUGGCUUCUACAAAUAUAUGAAGAUGGAUGAGGAGGACGAUGAUAGAUCGUUUUUCUUCCCCAACCCAGAUGAUUUCCUGGAGGAAGAGGAGAUGGUGGACGUGGAGGACGAGGCGGAGAUCGUCGGCACGCAGCCCCCGAAGAAACCUUCUCAUGUUUCCAACCCGACCCGUAAACACCUGAGGGCCACUCCGAUCAGCAGAGGGAGAGAAGAAGAGGAGGAGGAGGAGGAAGCAGUUGAUGAAGAUGGAGGAUUCAAAACACAUUUGCGGCACAGAGAAAGGAGACGCUUUCCUCAUAUAGAUGAGGACAAAGUUUGGGAGAGAGAUCAGCGUGUGAAGAGGCUUGAAAUAAAGGCGAGUCCUUCAGUUGGGAGGGUGCGUCCGUCAGACGCCGACAGCGUGGUCCACGGCCGCUCCCUCUCCUGGAUCACUGGUCCGGAGGAGCGCGAAAUAAAGGGAAGAGGAGGGGAGGGAGAGAAGGGAGUCGAUGUUCCCAGUAAACUCAAGUCCUCCCUUCUCUUCCCACAAAAGUCAUCCCUCUCUGUCCUUGCCAGUCGUGCCAAACAGAUUCUGAGCAACUCGGCCCACAACAACCCUCGCCACCUCAACAAGAAGGAAAAGAAAGAGGAGAACAGGAUCUACAUCACCAGGCCGAAGCCUGCGAGAGAGAGGGAGCGGGAGAGGAGGGAGGAGAGGGCGUCGCGUCACCCGAGGGAGGUCUUCCCGGGGGUUUUUCUCUACCAGACUGGCAAGACCACCAGGCUGGUCAAUAUCGGUGUCAAAGGUGGAGGAGGAAUAACCGGAGGGAGGAGUUUGGUGAGCUCUCCUCAGCUGUGGCCCAACCCUCCCACCAGAGGAGGGAAGUCGCCCCACAACGGAAGCAACAACAUCCCCAAUGACAAGUCGGCAACCAGGGUGGUGAAGUCAGACAGAACCCCAAUGAAAGGAGAGCAAGCUUUAAAGACUACUGUGACCUCUGACCUUCCUGCGAAAGCUGACUCACAAACCGCUCUGAAUCAUCACCAAGAGCACAGCAACACGACUGAAAACACCACCCAGCUGCGGGUCACCUCUUAUCUCAGGACCUCGGAGAUCACAGAGCACCAGCCAGACCCAGAAGACACAGAGCACGACACCAACCACUCCAUCCCCGAGCCGGACCCGGAGGAGGGCGAGCUGUCUGACUACAGUUAUGAGGAGGUGGAGUCCAGGCCGGGCUGGGCGGAGGAGAGCAUCAACUGGCAGAGGACAUUUUCAGUCAAUCCUAUGGACUUUGAGCUCCUGCGCUCCGACUGGAACGACCUGCGGUGUAACGUGUCGGGGAACCUUCAGCUGGCCGAGAGCGAAGUGGUGGACGUGCUGGCCCAGUACAUGGAGAAGCUCAACGAGAGAAACGGAGGGAUUUACACCCUGCUGCGCAUCAUCAACGUCGAGAAGAGACGCGACUCCGCGCGAGGGAACCGCUACCUGGUGGAGCUGGAGCUGAUGGAGAGAGGUCGCAACGUGGUGCGUCUGUCCGAGUACAUCUACCUGCUGCUGCACCGGGGCAGGCAGGGCGACGAGAGCUUGGAGAACACCGAGGCCGUACCAGCUUCCGCGCCGGCCUCUGUCACCUCUGCUGCCACGUCCAGCCGCGCCGCCCCUCCACCCCCGCCAUCCGCGAAGACUCCUGCGAGGCCUGUGGCGACUCCCUGGAGCACCGUCUACGCCAAGCCUCUGCUGUGUCAGCCGGUCAUGCUGCAGUGGAGGAAGGAUGUGAUGGUGCACUUCGUGGUGCCAGUGAAAAACCAGGCACGCUGGGUGCAGCAGUUCAUCUCCGACAUGGAGAACCUCCACCAGCAAACCAAGGACGAUAACUUCAGCAUCAUCAUCGUCGACUUUGAGAGCGACGACAUGGACGUCGAGCAGGCUCUGAGAGACAGCAGCGUCCCGAGAUAUGCAUAUCUGAGGAGGGAAGGGAACUUCGAGCGCUCGGCUGGACUGCAGAUCGGAGUGGACACUAUUGAGGACAGCCACAGUAUUGUCUUCCUGUGUGACCUGCACAUCCACUUCCCGCUCAACAUCCUGGAGAGCAUCAGGAAGCACUGCGUGGAGGGGCGCCUGGCUUUCGCUCCCAUCGUCAUGAGACUGGGAUGUGGGAGCUCCCCCCGCGAGCCCGACGGUUAUUGGGAGGUCAAUGGUUUCGGCCUGUUUGGAAUCUACAAGUCAGACUUCGAUAAGAUCGGGGGGAUGAACACGGAGGAGUUCAAAGAUCGCUGGGGUGGAGAGGACUGGGAGCUGUUGGACAGGGUGCUGCAGAACGGUCUGGAAGUGGAAAGACUACGCUUGCGUAACUUCUUCCACUACUAUCACUCAAAAAGAGGAAUGUGGAAUGCCCAAAACAAAAAGACUCCUAAGGGAUAGAGGUGUCUGUCGGGAGAUCCAAGCCCGACCUGCAGACCUGCUGUGUGAAAGAGAGAGAGAGACGCGUGGCAACUCACUCACUGCCUGAACUCUGCCUUUCUCAAACCGGGGCUUCAUUAAGGGAAGCGUCUGUUUCACCGUCUCCUGUCCGUGUGAGGAAGUGUGAACUUUGUGAGCCGUUUACACAGACAGUCCUGAGUCAUGGGAGAGAGGAGCGGCUUCUCCUCUCCGUCCUUCAUGGUGCAAUGUUUCCAGGCCGACUGGAGAGCAGCUGUUGUGUGCGUGUGUGCGAGAGUGGAUGUCCAUGUACAUAAAUGACAUAUGAGCGUGCGAGAGUGUCACCCAAAGUGGUGGAAACUUUUUUUUUUUU